UCAAGUCUGUCUGACUUGUGUACUUAGAUUGAAUACCAACGGAUUUUACUUUAUUUCAAUUACACACAAUUGAUGACUCCUAUUUUUAUAAUGUAUUUGUGUAUUAAAAUAUAUUGACGCGAAACGCAGAACAAAGAGGGUAAGAAAACAGGGAAGUACCUAAUCGAUAUUUUUGGAAGUCGAUCGGUGGUAAAACAAAAAAAUGGAGGCCCUAAUUCCAGUAAUUAACAAACUGCAAGAUGUAUUCAACACUGUAGGAUCCGAUUCGAUCCACUUACCACAAAUCAUAGUUUUAGGAUCUCAGAGUUCGGGGAAGAGUUCUGUGAUUGAAAGUUUAGUGGGUAAAUCGUUCUUGCCCAGGGGCACCGGAAUUGUUACCCGACGGCCCUUAAUUUUGCAGCUGGUUUACUGCCCAAAGGAUGAUAAAGAACAUCGCAAUGCUAGAGAUGGAACUGUUGAUAUUGAAGAGUGGGGUGUCUUUUUACAUGCAAAGGAUAAAAUAUACAGGGAUUUCGAUGACAUUAGAGUUGAAAUCGAAGAAGAAACGGCCCGUAUGGCUGGAACUAAUAAGGGGAUUUGCUCGGAACCUAUUAACUUGAAAAUUUAUUCCACGAAAGUAGUCAAUUUGACUUUGGUUGAUUUACCUGGAAUCACCAAGGUACCUGUGGGCGAUCAACCUCCAGACAUAGAACAACAAAUUCGAGAACUAGUUUUAAAAUAUAUCGCAAACCCUAACUCGAUAAUCCUAGCUGUAGUAACGGCCAACACCGACAUGGCAACUUCGGAAAGCUUAGCUAUCGCCAAAGAUGUGGACCCUGACGGUCGCAGAACAUUAGCUGUAGUCACCAAAUUAGAUUUAAUGGACGCAGGAACUGACGCAAUUGAUAUUUUAUGUGGUAGAGUCAUACCUGUGAAACUGGGUAUAAUCGGUGUUGUAAAUAGGUCGCAACAGGAUAUUAUGAACAACAAAAGUAUUAAGGACUCGCUUAAAGACGAAGCUACGUUUUUACAAAGCAAAUAUCCCACUUUAGCUGCUAGAAACGGCACGCCUUACCUUGCAAAAACUUUAAAUAGGUUACUCAUGCACCAUAUAAGAGACUGCUUACCUGAUUUGAAGACGAGGGUCAACCUAAUGAUAUCUCAGUACCAGUCGCUCCUUAACUCCUAUGGGGAAGAUAUUUCUGAUAAGAGUAAAACGUUGUUACAAAUAAUUACUAAAUUCGCGUCAGCGUACUGCUCGACCAUCGAAGGCACGGCUAGGAAUAUCGAGACCACGGAAUUGUGCGGCGGAGCUAGAAUAUGCUAUAUUUUCCAUGAAACGUUCGGCAGAACGCUCGAUUCCAUUCACCCUUUAGCCGGUUUGAGUAAAAUGGAUAUUCUUACAGCCAUAAGAAACGCAAAUGGUCCACGUCCAGCACUGUUUGUGCCAGAAGUGUCAUUUGAACUACUAGUCAAGCGACAAAUUAGAAGGUUAGAAGAGCCGUCUCUAAGGUGCGUAGAAUUGAUACACGAAGAAAUGCAAAGGAUUAUUCAGCAUUGCGGUAGCGAAGUGCAGCAAGAAAUGUUGCGCUUCCCGAAACUCUACGAGAAAAUCGUGGAUGUGGUGACUCAACUCUUGAGGCGCCGGCUGCCCACCACCAACGUGAUGGUCGAGAACUUGGUAGCUAUCGAGCUAGCGUAUAUUAAUACGAAACAUCCCGAUUUCUACAAGGAGAUCGCGAUGGUUCCUACGAUGAUAAAAUCCGGCGAAGGUUCUCGGCCUUCUCGCCCAAAGAGCAUGUACGGUAAAUAUCAUCCAGAGCAGCAGGAAUUGAUGCAACUUAAAGCACCAAUAGCAGGCGGUCAACAACAGGAACAGGCCGACGAUUUCUUUAACUACCUGUUCCGCAUAUUGCCCGUUGGCAGCUAUACCGAUUUUAUGAAUGCCGUUCAGAGCCGUUCUUCGAGCAACCCUCAGUUGAACCACGACGACGCCACCACAUGGGUUUCGAACUUGACCUCUGUCCAAAACGGGAGAGAAAAUGAUAUCGACCACGUCAAUAAUCUACCGGACAGCGCCAAGACGGACGAGUUGCGAAACGUUCUGAGCCCACAGAAACCUGUGAAUUUGUUACCGCAAGUACCUAUAAAUAAUAACAUUUACAGAAAGCUUUCGGAGAACGAGGAGCACGAUUGUGAAAUAAUCGAACGCUUAAUCAAGUCAUACUUCUACAUAGUGAGAAAAUCUAUUCAGGAUACCGUACCAAAGGCAGUGAUGCACUUCUUGGUGAAUUUCGUCAAGGAUAAUUUGCAGUCCGAGCUUGUCACCCACCUGUACAAGGCCGAUAAUGCGGAUCAACUCUUGGAUGAGUCCGAGCAUAUCGCUCAGAGGCGCAAAGAGGCGGCUGAUAUGCUGAAGAAGAAGAAGAAGAAGAAGAAGAAGAAGAACUUAAUUCUGCUUUUCGUUGAUAGAUGGCAUAAUUUUAAAGUCCACUAG